CUAAACCAACCCAGGCAACUUAGGCUUUUAUUUCACAAAUUCUAACCUGUUGCUCAGAAUUUUAUAUGAUGGAUAAUAAUAAACCAAUUUUUCCAGAAUUGAAUGCGGAUGAUUCGGGAGCUACAGAAAUCGAAUCCCUUUGUAUGAAUUGUCACUCGAAUGGAAUCACAAGAUUAUUGCUGACUAAGAUACCAUUUUACAAAGAUGUAAUAGUGAUGUCAUUUUCUUGUGAUGAGUGCGGAUUUCACAACAAUGAACUCCAAUCUGGAGCACCUGUAUCGGAAAAAGGAAUACGUGUGCAUCUCAAGGUUGUAGAGCCAAGAGAUCUAAAUCGCCAAGUGGUCAAAAGCGAUUAUACUGCUGUUAAAAUACCUGAACUUGACUUGGAAAUUUCUUCUCAGAGUCAAAAAGGAGAAAUAACAACUGUUGAAGGAAUUAUUGACAGAGUAAUCAAAGGCUUAAAUCAAGAUCAAAUUGUUAGACGAAUCUCUCAUCCUGAAGAAGCUGAGAAAAUUGACAAUUUCAUUGAAAGAUUAAAAGCUCUUAAAGAUUUAAAGGACCCUUUCAAUUUAAUUGUAGAGGAUAUCAGUGGUAACAGUUUCAUUGAAAAUCCCUUUGCUCCACAAGUAGAUAAAAACUGUAAAAUAGAGUAUUUUUCAAGGGAUAAAGAACAAAAUCAUCAGGUAGGCAUAUUUACCCAAGAUGAGAUUGUGGAGAAUGAAGAUUCUGCUAUACUGAAACCCAUCCAAGAAGGAGAGUUUCCACUAGAAAAUUUUGAAGGGGAAAUCUUACAAUUUCAUACAAAUUGCCCUGGAUGUAAUGCACCUUGUGAAACCAACAUGAAGAUGACCAAUAUACCUCAUUUUAAGGAAGUGAUAAUUAUGGCCACUGUGUGUGAUGUUUGUGGUCUUCGUACCAAUGAGGUGAAAUCUGGUGGAGGAAUAGAACCUAAAGGACUUCAUAUAGAAAUUGAUGUCAAUGGCAAAGAAGAUUUUUCAAGAGAUGUGCUCAAGUCAGAAACCUGCGAUCUUAGCAUUCCCCAAUUGGAUCUUGAAGUUGGCCCCAACGCUUUAGGAGGACGUUUCACAACCGUGGAAGGCUUAAUUACUGCUGUCAGGGAUCAGUUGUCUGAUCGCAAAAAUUCCCACAUCUUUGGCGAUUCCAUCAACAAAGAUUCAAAGGAAAAUUUUGAAAAAUUUUUGAAGAAAUUUGACGAGAUAUUAGAGGGCAAACUUCCUAUCACGAUAGUCAUGGACGAUCCAGCCGGCAACAGUUAUGUUCAGAGCCUAUCAGAAGCAGAUCAACCUGAUGAAUAUUUGAGAAUCACUCAUUACGAAAGAAGUUUUGAACAAAAUGAAGAGUUGGGCUUGAAUCAAAUGAAAACAGAAAAUUAUGAAUAGUUGAAGUUUUAUAUGAAAUUAUUAUAAAUAAACAAUAGUUGAUUUCAUUUUUAAA